UCGGUGCCUCAGCAGGCAUGAACGUGAAGACCGUGCUCAUCCUCCUCGGUCUGGCGUUGGCCACGAUAUUCGCCUUGGUCUGCGUGUUGCUGACCAGAGGAAGGGCCCCCAGCACCUGCCAGCACCUGCCCCCGGAGCAGGAGGACACCGAGGAUGGCCAGAGCCUGGUCUUUGCUGACCUGACACCCGAGGAGAUGGUGCAAGUGGUGCGGUACCUGCAGGGGAACCUCGGGGUGCCGCUGGUCGAUGCCUCGCGCGCCAAACCCUCGGACAACUGCAUCGCCUCCGUGGACCUGCAGGUCCCUGCCAAGGCAGAGGUGCUGCGGUUCCUGGACGGCGGGGGGGCUCGUCCUGCCCGAGAGGCCCUGGCCGUGCUGUACUUUGGGAACCAGCCAGACCCCAACGUCACCGAGUACGUGGUGGGUCCCCUGCCAGCGCCGGCGUACCACCGGGACGUGACGGUGCGGAAAUACGGGGGGAAGGUGCCGUACCACCGCAGACCUGUUACUGGCAAGGAGUACGUGGAUAUCAACGCGCUCAUCCAGAGGGAGCUGAAAAAGGCGCCGCGAUUCCUCUCUGCGUGCUGCGAGUCCGACGGGACCGACCUGGCCGUCCUCACCACAGCCCCGCGGGGCUUCAAGUCUGGCGACCGCACAACCUGGUUUGUCCUUUUCCACAACGUGGCUGGCACCGGCUACUACCUGUCACCAGUGGGGCUGGAGGUGCUGGUGGAGCACGGGGACCUCCAAGUCUCCCGCUGGCAGCUGCGCAAAGUCUUCUACAACGGCCGGUACUUUGCCAGCACAGAGGAUCUGGAGCGGGAGUUUCUGGCCCGCACGCUGGAGGUCGUCAGGCUCAAGAAGCCCCAGGCUGAUGCAGUACUGGGCUCAAUGAGGCCCCGCCAUCUGCCUGACUCGCUGGGUCCGCUGCAGUUUGAGCCCCAAGGUCCCCGCUACAAGGUCAGGGACAAUCACAUCACCUACCAGGGCUGGAGCAUCACCUUUGGCAUGAACCCCAACUCCAGCCCACGCCUCUUUGACAUCAGGUACCGGGGGGAGAGGAUUGUCUAUGAGCUGAGUCUCCAGGAAGCCUUAGCCCUGUACGGCUCCAACUGCCCUGGGGGAAUGUCCACCCGCUACCUGGAUGGGAGCUUUGGCAUUGGCAGGUUUGCCUACGAGCUGGUCCAGGGCCUCGACUGCCCCUACACGGCGACCUAUGUGGACCAGCACUACCUGGCAGAGUCAGAUACUCCCAAAACCAACCAGAAGUCACUCUGCAUUUUUGAGCACGACUCUGCCCUCCCCCUGCGCCGCCACUUCUCUGACUCACAGUCCUUUUACUAUGGUGGGCUGCGGAAAAACACGCUGGUCAUCAGAACCAUCUCCACGCUCAUUAACUACGACUACAUCUGGGACUUCAUGUUCCACGGCAGUGGGGCCGUGGAGGUCCGUGUGCAUGCUACUGGCUACAUCAGCACCUCCUUCCUCCACGGCCAAGGCACUGACUAUGGCAACAGGGUUGGGCCCCACACCCUGGGAACGAUGCACCUCCACCACAUGCACUACAAGGUGGACCUCGAUGUCGACGGUCAGAUGAACUUCCUGGAGACUCAGGACAUGGAGUACGAG